GUGCGAUAACAGCAGCAGCGGCUCUGUCUGGAGCUCACACUGUACAUUACAGAAGCCCCCUCCUCUGGAAGACGGUGUUUCUCCCAUUAUGGGCGACAAGAAAAGCCCAUCCAGGCCAAAAAGACAAGCCAAGCCCUCUGCAGACAACGGAUUUUGGGACUGUAGCGUCUGCACCUUCAAAAACAGUGCAGAGGCAUUCAAAUGCAGUAUAUGUGAUGUGCGGAAAGGUACAUCUACAAGAAAACCUAGGAUAAACUCUCAACUCGUGGCACAGCAGGUCGCUCAACAGUACGCCGCUCCACCUCCAGCCAAGAAAGAAAGAAGAGAACGAACAGACAGAGACCUGCCUGACGACGACCACUUCGACAUGGACAACUCUGACUCGGACAGACUCAGCAGCCUCCAUCCUGACUCUGACCAUCCUGAGAGACUAGGUCUAGAAGGAGGUCAGCUGGACCGCGGACAUUCACUCAAAGAACGGAGACAGGAACGCGUUCUUGACAAACCGCAAGCACUCGAUUCAGACAGGAGGCCUGAAAGAGCAGGACUGACCCCAGACCUCCUCCAACAACAACAACAACCACAGCAGCAUCCACAGCAGCCGCAGCAGCCACAGCAGCAUUCGCAGCAACAGCCACAGCAGCAUCCGCCGCAGCAACACAACAGAAUAGACAGAGAGCACACAGACAGAGCCAUGCUGGAGAAACUUCAGCCUCUCAGAGAGCACAUGGAAAAAGAUCAUCCGCACACGGCAGGCUCUGGGAUGCAGCCGGCCGAGAGGAUGGGCGCAGAGAGAGAAGAGCUCAAAAAAGGAAAGAUCGAGAGAGCCAUGAUGGAGAAACACAAAGAGAGACAUAAAAGCCUGACGCCCAGCAAAAAACCCACUCCUAAGAAGAUGAAGCCCAAACUCAUUCAGAAAAGUCCAGCUGGGGAAAGCAAUGGCAUGAAGCCUGGCAAAUCUGUUACGAAGAAUAACAAAUCUGUUAUAUCACGACCAAAACUGAAGAACGUUGACCGGAGCUCGGCUCAACAGCUCGCUAUAACGGUGGGCAACGUGACUGUCAUCAUCACAGACUUUAAGGAGAAGACCCGCUCGUCCUCCACCUCGUCCUCUACGGUCACCUCCAGCGCUGGCUCUGAACAGCAGCACCUGAGCUCCAGCUCCGAGAGCACAGACAAGGGCUCAUCCCGCGCCUCAACCCCCAGAAGAGACCACUCCUCCGGGCACAACGAGACCCUCUGAAGGAGGAAGCGAUUGACACAUACACGCAUCUCACUGGACGAGGCCAAGAGCUCCUAAAGCCACACUCCAAACUGUACAUGGAAAAGGGAUCUUUCCAACCCCCAUUCAGACAAUGUCCAUCUCCACACACACAGCGGCAGAAACGUAGCCGUCGAGAAACCCUCGUGGAGCACCUUGUAGAUUGAUGUGUUGAUGUUCAUGUGAGUCACCCAUCACGCCGAGACCCGCUGUAUAUUCUGUACUUCUACCAGAUAUAACCCCUGUGUGUGCACCACGGAAACUCAGCGCUCCCAAGUUUGCAUUAUUAUCGUUCGUUGUCAUUUAAAUCAUCGUGCAGACAGCUGUUUUUUGACUUUGUGUUUAGAACGUAGAAUCGUUUAUUCUAAAUGUACAGUAUCUAAACUCAUCCAUUUCUCAGACAGCUCUGAAUCGGCGGUCUGUCGACGAAAAGAUCGUGCUUGGCCCACCGUGUGCGGGGGGAGAUUGGUUCCCUUAUUAUUUCAUAUGACGAAACUCUUGUCCGUUUACAUGGUGGAAACACAAACUGUGAUGAUGUGAGUUUACAGUAUUAUAAAUACAAGGCCAACUUUGAAAUCCAUACGGUGUACCAUGUAGACAUGUUUUGUGGCUCACGAGAUGAUAAGAGAGUAUUUAGGAAAUUGUUCUUUAUCUUGCUCUGUUUUUAGACUUUAAACCUUUGCAUAUUUCUUGUCAAAUUAUAUCCAGAUCCAUGGUGCUGUCUGUUGUUCAACUUCACGGCGACGAAACUGAGAACGUGCGCGGCAGUUGUUGGAAUAUGAAGCAGCUUACUUGUUUGUGAGAUUUCAUACAGUAUAUUUACGGUUUAUUGAGACCUUUAAUGAAAACUGAUCACCGAUUAAUACUCCCACUAUAGCAUUGUGUUGUAAAAAUUGGCUUUUUUCGCCCAUAAGGACAUUUUGCACAGGUUUAAACACUCAUUCUGACCUUUGUUAAAAAUCUAGAAGCUUAUAAAGCUAAUAAAAACCUUCUAAACCUUAUUACAGUCUUGAGGAUUAUGCUGGUAUCAUGUACAUUGUUUCAUAUUUUGACUGUUAUAUAUAUAUUCCUCUAAAAUAAGUACUUAAAAUGUUAAUUCACACAAAAA